AUGGAUUCGAAGAAAAUACACGCGGAGAUUCCCAACUCAACCAUUAUUUGGUAUGAUAGUUUGACAGCCACUGGUGAAAUAGACCGGCAGAACCAGUUGACCGAUAGCAAUAUGCUUUUUUUCUUGAAUGCGGAUGGAAUUUUCUUCAAUAACCAGUGGAAAAAGGAUUAUCCUGAAAAGACACAUAAAUUAGCAGAACAACAUGGAAAAACAGGCAUCAGUGCAUAUUUUGGUACCGACGUUUGGGGAAGAGGUAUAUACGCUGACGGCGGGUUCAAUUCUUAUAGAGCGAUCAAAGUGGCAAAUGCUGCAAAGACAUCGUCAGCUUUAUUUGGAAUUGCAUGGUCUUACGAAUAUUUCAAUAAGAUAGCCUUUGAAAAGAUGGACAAGCUAUUAUGGUACGGAGGCAUGGCCGAAGAAUAUCCUCCAAUCCUAUCACCCAAACCAGAAUUUGCAGAGCUUGAUAUCGAAAACUGUGACGAAGGGGAGGAGGACUCGUUAGAUGGUCAUGCAAAAGGGAUAGCAGAUAUUGUUCCCAGUCAUGUUACAGCUGGACAAAAUUGGUUUACAACGAACUUUGAUAGAGGUUUUGGUGAAAAAAUUUUUUAUCGAGGAAGAGAACUUUUACAGCAGCCGUGGUCUCAUCUCUCACAUCAAUCUAUAUUACCCAACCUUAAUUAUCGAGAACUCGAUAUAUAUCCGGAGGAUAGCAAUAUAGCUAUAGAAUGCUGUUUAAAGGGCGAGUAUGGCGCGUUCAACGGGGGUACGGUACUUGCUUUUACAGGCCAACGAUUAGUGCAUCAGGAAUCGAAUGAUACAGAACUUGUAGUGAACUUGCCGAUCUACAAGUUCGAAAUGAAUAUGGAUCAAGGAUGUACUAUACGUUAUGUAUGCAAGAUCUUGAAUAUGUUCGAUGUGAGGGUCAAUUUGAAUGGAUAUUUCAUGCUGAAAAGCAGGAGUUAUGAAGAAGCUCAAGAGUUCUUUAGGAAGUGGCAGAAUACAGAUACGCUUGAGAAUGAAGAAGGUUUUACAGCUAAUGUUCGGAUAGCAUCAAGACCAGACGAGUGUACGUGUAUGAUUGAUGUAUGCUUGAAUAUCAAUACUGCCGACUUUGUCGAUAACAAACCUCACAUAAUUGCAAGUAUUGGCCAAAUUAACAUUAUUCCAAUCAUUACAAAUGCUCUCACUGUUAACACCAGAAUCUUAUCUAAUUUCUUCUGGGAAGACCUACACCUUCAACAAUCUAAAGGAAGGGACUGCCUUGAAAAGACAUUGGAGAAGCCACAAUUUUACCGAUUUUUUGGAACUUUAACUUGGACCGAUCGAUCAAAAACCACGACGCCAGCUUGGAAAGAAACCGAUUUUUACAUAAUAUAUCAUGUAGUUGAUGGAGAUCAUGAAAAACGUCAGUUUCUUGGGACAGCGUUUUGUCAGAAAUAUCGCAUAACCGGCCUUGAUAUUACUGAUAUUACUAAAACUCACUUAAUAGCAGUAGAAGCAAUUGACAGAAUGGGCGUAGUAUCUGCUACGAAUUUCAUCGAGAUUACUUUGAAGAGCCGGAAUAAACAUAGAGCAGCAUGA